UGCCCAAUAAAACGCCUAGGAAAACAUCCUUGGGAUUCCCUACUCUAACUUAUAUGCCAUUCAUCAUCUCUAUAUUAAACUACCCAUCCAAUUCUUGAAAUCUCUGCCAUUUUUCUUGAAAACUCGAUCAACCCACCAUGUCUGAGCAGGAGAAUCAACCCAAGCAGCUCGCAGAUGAAGCAACUAACCACUCUGGAAUGGAUGGGAGUUCAGGCGAGAAAACAUCAUGGCCGGAAUUGGUGGGGCAAACACCAGAAGAAGCGGAGAAGAAGAUUAAGGAAGAGAGUCCUAAGAUUAGUGUCCAGGUUGUUCCUCCAAACUCCUUUGUUUCCAUGGAUUAUCGUCUAGAUCGAGUUCGGAUCUUCGUAGAUACAUCCGGGAAAGUUGCCCGUUCCCCUAAACUUGGUUAAUUCUAUAUAUGCUCAACUAUGUACCCUCUUCCAUGUUUAAUUUGUUACUCAGAAUUCAAUUCAGAAAGAAAUUAUCUCUGUAAAUUGCUUCUUUAGCAGCUAGUAUUGUGUUUU